UUCAGAUGCGCUCUGGGCUUGCUUGCCCCUAGCCAAAAGGAAAUAGGAGCAAGCUAGAGGGAGAGCCCAAGAACAGUCUCCAAUUACCAUAAAAUGUAUAGUUGAGAUCCUCCCAUUGGGAGGUUAUAGUAGACUCUCAUAAGGGUGCCUGCCUGCAGUACAAUGAACAGGUUCCCACCCUCAGCUACACCAAGUCGUUCAAACCUGGGAAGAAGGAGAUCUCUCCUGCCAGGUACAGUAAAAUCACCUGGGGCAACACCAUCAUAAUGGUGUUUCCUCUGCCAGGUAAGUAUGGGAACCUAUCUGUUUGAAUAAGAUGUAUGGUAAUGCACAUUGCAUGCAGUUUGCUGUAGUGCCAACUUUUUUUAAAGUCAUAGUGAGCCACUACAUUAAAUACAUUUAGACUUUCUCUUCACUCUCACAGCUGAACUGUGCCUUUCUUUUUCAUUUCCAAUAAUUCCUGUUUCUUCACCAGUCUUAAAUGUCUGACAGACAUCCCCAAAACAGGAUCCCAAACAGUUCACCAAGAGUCCCUGUUUUGCCUCCCCUUGCCCCCACCAUGUCAUGUAUGAUUAAUAGGGUGCUGUCCUCCAUGAGGUGGAGCCAGACCAGGUUGCUCUGUGCUUCAUAUGCAUAUACAUUUUUGGAAGAUCGCAGGGCCUGUGACAUGAACACCUGGUUCUAGUCACAAGCUGUGGGGGAGGCUAAUUAGCUCAUGGACCGUUUUUGAAGGGUAUCUGGAGUACAUGCAUAUACUGAGCUGUGCUGAACUGUGGGAUCACCCUGGCUUGAAAUACUGUUGACUGCUGGGGCCCAGCCCAGUGAACUAUAUGGUAAAUCAUGAGCCUUUUGACUUUGGACUAAUAUAAUGCAUGGUUGUUUGUACUAUAUAGAAGUAGAUACAAAAGUUCUGCUUAAAAGUGUGUUUAUGGAGUACCUGUGCUAAAACUUGCAGCCAUUUCAGAAAUGGUAAAAUGCAUGAAUUCUGAAUGAACUAAGUCUGUGGGUACUCAUAGUAUUUUACUACAGGCAUACUUAUUUCAAGGUCAGUGUUUUCAAACUUGCCCUUCAUUUUCAUGUGCUCAGGGAGACGAGGUCUGACAGUAAGGAGGGGGUAAGGGCUUGUGGGGGGAAGAGGUUGGUGGGAGCCAAGGGGGCUACCUAACACCCCCCCCCCACCAUUUUUUCCCUGCUGUAGCAGUGGAAGGGGGACAAAUUCAAGGUCAACUUCCAAUAAUUAGAUUCUAGACCUGGAAAAUUAUUAAAAAUUAUACAUUUUCCACAUAUAGCAUCUAGAGUGGGGCGUCAUAUUACAUCCAGGGUUAUCUUAUAUUUGAGUAAAUACGGUACAUAUUAGACCCUUUCAGUUAAAUUGGGAUUGCUUUUAAAUCACAUUUUAAAAAAUUCAGGGUGAUGUUUUUCAAUUAAAAUUUGUGUUCUCUUUUCUUCUCAACUAGGCAAACAUAUCAUUAGAGGGGGCAGAGCCAUGUGGGGCAAAAAAGAUGAAGAGGUAGUAGAUGAUGAGACAGGGGAUUUGGCUUCUGUGCAAUUAGCGGGCACUCCAAAUAGAUGGGAGGUUUUGUCUGCAGCUCCUACCACUAUAAAGGAUGAAGCUGGUAAUAUAGUGCAGAUUCCAGGCGCUGCCACAGUAACUUCAAGUGGACAGUAUGUCCUUCCCAUUCAGAGUUUGCAGAAUCAGCAGAUAUUUUCUGUUGCACCAGGCUCAGAUUCAUCAAAUGGUACAGUGUCUAACGUACAAUAUCAAGUAAUACCCCAGAUCCAGACGGCAGAUGGUCAGCAGGUUCAGCUUGGUUUUGCAACCUCAUCUGAUAAUAGUGGUAUAAAUCAAGAAACUGGUCAAAUUCAGAUCAUUCCUGGCUCUAAUCAAACCAUAAUUGCUUCUGGAACCCCUUCAGCUAAUAUUCAGAAUCUCUUAUCACAGACUGGUCAAGUUCAGGUCCAGGGAGUUGCAAUUGGCGGUUCAUCUUUUCCUGGCCAAGCACAAGUAGUUGCUAAUGUCCCUCUUGGCCUGCCAGGAAAUAUUACUUUUGUACCCAUCAAUAGUGUUGAUCUAGAUUCUCUGGGGCUCGGCAGUGGUUCUCAAACCAUGACUGCAGGCAUUAAUGCAGAUGGACAUUUGAUAAAUACUGGACAGGCAAUGGAUAGUUCAGAUACUUCUGAAAGGACUGGUGAACAAGUUUCUCCGGAAAUUACGGAAACCACCACUGAUAAUGACUUAUUUGUGCCAACAUCAUCUUCAUCACAAUUGCCCGUUACCAUAGACAGUACAAGCAUAUUGGAACAAAAUGCAAACAACUUGACCACAACUAGUGGACAAGUUCACAGUUCUGAUCUUCAGGGAAAUUACAUCCAGACAUCGGUCUCAGAUGAGACACAAGCUCAGAAUAUUCAGGUCUCCGCAGCACAGCCUAUUGUACAACACAUACAGCUUCAAGAGUCUCAGCAACCAACCAGUCAAGCCCAAAUUGUACAAGGUAUCGCGCAGCAGACAAUCCAUGGUGUGCAAACAAGUCAAGGUAUUUCGCAGCAGGCUCUACAGAAUCUUCAGCUGCAGCUGAAUCCUGGAACUUUUUUAAUUCAGGCACAAACAGUGACCCCUUCUGGGCAGAUAACUUGGCAGACAUUUCAAGUGCAAGGAGUCCAGAACUUGCAGAACUUGCAGAUUCAAAAUGCACCUGGUCAACAAAUAACUCUAACACCUGUGCAGACUCUCACUCUUGGUCAAGUUGCAGCAGGUGGGGCCUUGACUUCAACUCCAGUUAGUCUAAGCACUGCUCAGUUGCCAAAUCUGCAGACAGUUACAGUAAACUCUAUAGAUUCUGCUGGCAUUCAGCUGCAUCCAGGAGAAAAUGCUGACAGUCCUGCAGAUAUUAGGAUUAAAGAAGAGGAGCCUGAUCCAGAAGAGUGGCAGCUCGGUGGUGAUUCUACACUGAAUACCAAUGAUCUAACACAUCUGAGAGUACAGGUGGUAGAUGAGGAAGGGGACCAACCGCAUCAAGAAGGAAAAAGAUUACGACGUGUAGCUUGCACCUGUCCCAACUGUAAAGAAGGCGGUGGGAGAGGUGCCAAUUUGGGGAAGAAGAAGCAACACAUCUGUCACAUACCUGGGUGUGGAAAAGUGUAUGGGAAGACUUCACAUUUGAGAGCUCAUCUCCGUUGGCAUUCUGGAGAGCGUCCCUUUAUUUGUACUUGGAUGUUCUGUGGUAAAAGGUUCACUCGCAGUGAUGAAUUACAGCGACACAGAAGGACACACACAGGUGAGAAGAAGUUUGUCUGUCCAGAAUGUUCAAAACGCUUUAUGAGAAGUGACCACCUUGCCAAACACAUUAAAACACAUCAGAAUAAAAAAGGUAUUCACUCUAGCAGUACAGUGCUGGCAUCAGUAGAAGCAACACCUGAUGAUACUUUGAUUACUGCUGGAGGAACAACACUUAUCCUUGCAAAUAUUCAACAAGGUUCUGUUUCAGGAAUAGGAACUGUAAAUACAUCUGGCACCAGCAAUCAAGAUAUUCUUACCAACACUGAAAUACCUUUACAGCUUGUCACAGUUUCGGGAAACGAGACAAUGGAGUAAAUAUUACACAAAAUACCUAUUAAUUGUGGUUAUUUUUAUACAGUAGUGAGAAGAAUAUUGUUCCUAAGUUCUUAGAUAUCUUUUUAUUGAUGUGCAAAAAUUUUUGGAUUGACAGUAACUUGGUUAUACAUGACACUGAAAUGCCUUACUUUGUAUGAUAUUCCAUAGUAUAUUAAAAUGGUAAAAUUGCAUGGGUUUUGUAGGUACUUUUGGAAUCUAGAAGAGAUGAAAUUUUACCAAGUUAUAUUAAAAAAUGAAUUUAACGAUGGGAAUGGUAGUCUAACCAAAUGCAUCAAUCCUGUGUGGUUUAGUGUAAAAAUGAGAACAUGUUGGUAUUUAUCUAUUGUAAGAUAAAAGAAGUUGAUGAGUGAAAAGAAAUCAUGUUAUGAUAAAAGAAAUUUUGUAAUUUUCUUGAUGACUGGAAUUUUUAUUAUGCAUAACUGACAAAUCAAGUUUCCAAGCAAAUGUUACAUAGUGUAGGCUUUACUUAGCUCAUCAACUUGUCAUUUUGAAGCUAAUUAUUUUAAUUAGGUUAACUAUGUACAAUAUUUUAAGCAUUACUCUUGUAAGAUUUUGAAAACUACAUUUUAACAUGGAACUCUAGGGAUAGUCACCUUUUAAAUCCUGUUGAAAAGCCAUGUUUAAGAUUUAAUUUGCCAAAAUGAUGUCUUGUUAAUAUUCUUUCAAUAACCAAGUUGGGCAAUAUAACCAAUGUUUAAAAAAAUUAAAUUGUUUAAAAAUGUAUAGGUUGAGGCAUUUGGGUGGUAAGGCAAAUGUUGUAGUGGAAUAUAUCCCUUUUUCUUGAACAUUGGAGGACCAAAAAUAAGGUGUAUUGCGUCUCAGCAGUGGUUUUUUUUUUUUUUUUUUAAAUCAAAUCUUGUUUCCAAAACAUCUGUCUGCCAGGGCCUUAAAAGCCAUCAUGUAAAUUACCAGUAAAAAUAUAACAUAUGCAAA